GAUUCAUCUCCUAGAAUGAGUUUUUCUUAAAAAGCUUUUUACGUUUGAGGGAAAAUAGAACUCUUUUCGUCAUUGCAGAUCCUUCCGUUCCAUCUUCCUGUUAAAUAAUAUAAAGGUUAAUUUGUUCCAAACUAAAAUAUUAUUUCAUAUUUUAUUGAGUAAACGGUUUUAUUUGUUCUGUUUCUGCUCCAACAAAAGUGGCUGAAGAAGUGUAGGGCUGUAAAGGCGCGGAAUGUCUACGUCGUUGUUAUAUUCGCCGCUGGUCACUGUGGCAAAGUCCAGUUUGACACCGAUGAGUUCGCGUCGACUCUUUAACCAAUCAGAGCUCGGUGCGCCUCGUGUACGGUGAGGAACAGCGGCCUGUGAUUGGCUGAGGUGCUUUUUUCCAAAGGGGCGUAUUUUUCAAGCCAUUUUGACUGAAUAUUUAGCCUCAUCCAGGUAACAUUAAUUCUAUAUUUUCGCGAUUCUGCCUCAACAUUGAUGAGUAAAAGGUUUAUUCAAAAGCCUGGAAGCACAGCUAUGAGACCGGGUGCAGUUGGUGCGUGUGACCGACGUCUCAGCGGAGAACUACGGUUCUGAAAAUGACGCUGUCGCUGCUGAUAUCACCGGUAGCCAUGCUAACGGCUAGCAUGUCCGCCUGUGCUGUAGCCUCUCAGUAGCUGACACUGAGGCAGCUGCUAUCAUUCACUUUGACGUCGGCACCACGGAGGAGCUUAUCACAAGGCUGCUGGUUUGAACUCCCAUGAAAAAGAAGAGGUGGUGGGAAUGUGAAACAGCUGUCCGUAAAGUCAACAUGGGUCGGGGCCGAGGAAGAGGGAGGGGAAGGGGCAGAGGGUCGUCUGUCCAGUUCCGGCCCCCGUCUCCCUACAGACUGCAGCUCUCUCCGUCCAGGGAGACUUUGACGUACGCUCAGGCUCAGAAGAUCGUGGAAGUGGACCUGGAUGGACGGCUUCAUCGGAUCAACAUCACGGACUCUUUGCCCAUCAUCACGGAGGAUGAGAUGACGGCUCAGGACAUCACUGAGUGCAACAGUAACAAGGAGAACAGCGAGCAGACUCAGAACAAGACCAAGUCCUGGAGGAAGCCGUCGCACAGCAAAAGCAGGAAAAGCGGGAAGAAUACGUCUCAUCGGGACCACCGCUCGGGCUCCAGGCAGAACUCCGGAGAUGCUAAUUCCUCUCAGUUCCCAUCCAACCAGAGCGCUCUCCCUGAGCCCAACUUUCGAACGUUGCCUUCAGUUUCCCUUUCAGAAGCCCCGCCCCUACCUUCAGCUUAUUACCGGUACAUAGAAAGGUCGGUGGAGGAGCAGGACACGGUGGCGGAGUACGACAUGGACGAGGAGGACCUGGCGUGGCUGGAGAUGGUGAAUCAGAAGAGAGUUUCCGACGGUCACGCCUCCGUCCCUCCCGACACUUUUGAGCUGCUCAUUGAUCGCCUGGAGCGAGAGUCCAUUCUGGAGUCUCGCAGCCAGGCGCUGUCGCAGAACGCGGUGGACGAAGACGCGUUCUGCUGCGUCUGUCUGGACGACGAGUGUCUCAACAGUAACGUGAUUCUCUUCUGUGACAUCUGCAACCUGGCCGUGCACCAGGAGUGUUACGGCGUUCCCUACGUCCCAGAGGGCCAGUGGCUGUGCCGCUGCUGCCUGCAGUCCCCCUCCCGUCCUGUAGACUGUGUGCUCUGUCCCAACAGAGGAGGUGCCUUCAAACAGACGUGCGAUGGACGCUGGGCUCACGUCGUCUGUGCCAUAUGGAUCCCAGAGGUGUGCUUUGCCAACACGGUGUUUUUGGAGCCCGUAGAGGGCAUCAAGAACAUCCCCCCGGCCCGCUGGAAGCUCACCUGUUACUUAUGUAAGCAGAAAGGCCGGGGCGCGUCCAUCCAGUGCCACAAGGCCAACUGUUACAGGGCCUUUCAUGUCACGUGCGCUCAGAAGGCCGGACUCUUCAUGAAGAUCGACCCGGUCCGGGAGACGGGGGUCAACGGCACCACCUUCUCCGUGAAGAAGACCGCGUUCUGCGAACAUCACUCUCCUGCCGGGUAUCAACGGGACGAAUCAGGGGACGAGUCGGAGGGAAGACUGGUGGGCGGCAGAGGGAACAGGGGUCAGCGCUCCUACACUCAGACCCCCGCCUCACCAUCCAACAAGAAGGGCAGUAAAGGCCAGAAGAAGAAGAACACCAAAGGUUCCGGAGGGUCGACGCGGCGGUCAAACGUGCCUCUGCUGCUGGUGCCUCAGAUUCCUUCUCACAGACUCAACAAGAUCUGCACAGGAGUCGACGUCCAGAGAAAGAACCAGUUCAUGCAGCGGCUUCACAAUUACUGGUUACUGAAACGACAGUCCAGAAAUGGGAUGCCUCUGAUCCGACGACUUCAUUCCCACAUGCAGGCGCACAAGACCACGGAGCAGCGAGAACCUGACGAGAAGUUGUGUGCGGCGAGAGAGGAGCUGCGGUACUGGCAGAAGCUGCGACAGGACCUGGAGAGAGCCAGACUGUUGGUGGAACUGAUCCGUAAGAGAGAGAGACUAAAGAGAGAGGAGUUGAAAGUCCAGCAGACCACUCUUGAGCUGAAGUUGACCCCGGCCCUGGUUCUUCUCCGCUCCACGCUGGAACAACUGCAGGAGAAGGACACGGCCAAGAUCUUCUCCCAGCCCGUCAAUCUGUCAGAGGUCCCAGAUUACCUGGAGUUCAUCUCCAAACCCAUGGACUUCUCCACCAUGAGGACCAAACUGGAGGGACACGGUUACUGCUCCAUCUCUGACCUGGAGAGAGACUUUGACCUCAUGAUUUCCAACUGCCUCAAGUACAACUCCAAGGACACGCUGUUCCACAAGACGGCGCUGCAGCUGCGGGAGGUGGGGGGCGCCGUCCUCCGCCACGCCCAGAGGCAGUACCAGAGCAUCGGCCUGGACCCCAACACGGGCAUGCACCUCCCAGAGUCUCCCAACAAACACGGCUUCUACAACUGUGACUGGGACGACGUGGACUCCCUCCUGGACCCGGAGAACAGACUCCACUUGAACACAGACGAGCAGCUGAAGGUCUUACUGGAAAAACUGGACGUGGUCGGAUCCAUGCGCACCAGCGGUGGACGGACCAAACGCAUCAGGCUGCUGCGGCGGGAAAUCAACGCUCUGAGACAGAAGAUCAACCAGCAGCAGCUGAACAACCAGAGCACCAACGGUGAUGAAGAGGAGGAGGGAGCAAAGAAGGCUGAGGAGGAGGAGCAGCAGGAGGAGGAGGAGAAGACGAGGAAGAAGAACAAGAAGAAGGAAAAGAAAACCAAGACAAAGAAGUCGACCAGUGAAGCCAAGGGAGCGUCAACAGUGUCCAACUGUGGGACAGACUCUCCUCCUGUGCUGGAGCUCACCUGUCCAGUGUCGUCUCCUCUUCCUGGAGACGCUCCUCUGGAGCCUCCCGUCCUGGGUAUUGUCACGGGGGGGCGGCGGUCGCCGGGUCGUUCCUACAAACGCCAGAGGUCGUCCCGCAGCGGGAGCAAAAGCCAAGGCGAAGACGAGGCCGAGGUCGGCGAAACGCCAUCGUCACAGCAGGAAGCGGUUCACGAGGCGACGCCACUGGGAAAGCCUCCACCUCAGUCUUUGGCCGGCGUCGGCCGCCGCACGUCCGUUUUGUUUAAGAAAGCUAAAAACGGAGCACGGACUUCGAGGAGUAAGACGUCACCGCAACAAAACGGAAAAUCAUCCAACGGGUUGGAUCACAGCCCCGAACGACCGCAGUCGCCCGGCGUGACCGCGCUACCUCCCACUCCCAGUCCUUCUCCUGCUCCUCCUUCACCUUUGUUGCACCAGCUGAGGUCCAGGGGCAUCAGCUCCGACAGUGAGGCUGAAAGACACCCUCACCUGGCCAGGGGUGGGAACGCAGGUCUGACAAACGGGAAACAGCACUCUGCAGAGCUCAGUGAUGAUGACCAAAAAAACGACUGCAGCGUCCCCCCCCCCAAACGAAGUCGGGGUAAACCUGCUCUGGCCAAAGUCCCUGAGAGUGAGAACGCUGACGUCUGUGGGUCUGGAAAGUCUGCACUUCUGUCUGUAGACACUAAGACAGAGCUCUCACCGCUGGACCUGGUCUGGGCCAAGUGCAGAGGAUACCCGUCGUACCCAGCCAUGAUCGUGGACCCUGACAUGCCCCAGGAGGGGCUUCUUCACAACGGCAUCCCCAUCCCAGUGCCUCCUGUGGAGGUGCUCAAACUGGGCGGAGAGUGGAGGCGAACGGAAGAAGACGAAAAGCUCUUCUUGGUGCUCUUCUUUGACGCCAAAAGAACCUGGCAGUGGCUUCCUCGGGACAAACUGCUGCCGUUGGGGAUGGAUGACACCGUGGACAAACUGCGCCUACUGGAAGGCAAGAAACCAAGCGUGCGCAAGUCGGUUCACACGGCGUACGACCGAGCCAUGGUGCAUUUAAAUCACGUGAGACACAACCUGAACUUCAGUCCUUCAAAUUUUAUAUAAACAUUUUUACAGGGCCGUCUCUCAGUCCUUGACAUCAUGGAAGCUUCGCUUCUAGAUGCUUCUCCAGGAGGUGGAAGAGAAGAAUUGCCAACGUUUCUAACCAUCGUAGGUCUUUGAAGUUUUUCUGUGUAGAACCGAUUCUCUGGUUUAUAAACGGAGACGCACUUCAACAGAUUUGUUUUGUAGACGAACUCGUUUGUUAAUUCGUGUACUUUUUUUAAAAGAAUGUUUUACACAACCACUAUUUAAAAAGAUAUUUUAGGCUGAAAUGAUUGAAAGAAAAAGUGUAAAUAUUUCUGACCGGAGGGACGGAGGUUCGAUUCCACAUGUACUUGGACUGUGGUAGCCAUAGAGAUGUCACUGUGUUUUAUUGAAGUGUGAAAAGUCUCACUUUAUCUACACGUCACAUCUGGACUUCAGGCCUGCAGGUGUCGCUAAAAGCAGAUGUAAAGCCUGACUCAUGAGUCAAGAGUGCAGGUGUCGCAUCAGCGUUUCACGACGAAGCUUUUCCCAAAAGAAUAAAUAAGACUGAUCCUUCAAACAGGCCAGAACCACGGGUUGAUCACCACAGGACAGACUGAUAUUUCAUUUGUUUGAUUUUAUGGUUAUAUUUAUUUGGAACCACAAGUCCAGCUGUGACGUGCCGUGGGUGGAUUUUGACUUAUUUUUCCAUAUUGUGAAACUGUAUCUUACGAGAUAAGAUGUUGAAGUACCUGCUGCAGCCACAGUGUGACGCCACUACACAGUCGAAGGUGGUUAUUGUUAGGACGAAGUCUACUGUCGUUACCAAAGGUAGAGGUAACGGAUUAACGGUCAUCGGAAAAGUCACUGACGACAUGUAGACGUGAAGACGUCCGCUGUAGGAACGAGAGACGGAAUUAGACCACGCCCACCUGAGGUCGUACGCCCACCUGUGGUCGUACACCGCCUGAGGUCGUACACCACCUGAGGUCGUACACCACCUGUGGUCGUACACCUCCUGUGGUCGUACACCACCUGCGGUUGUUUUUUCUGGCUGAAAGCACAACAUGGCCCUUUAAAAGAACAGUCAGAACAGGAGGGUGGACUCUGAGAGCUGCGUGUGGUUCCGGGUGUGGUGACGGUGCGUGUGUAUAGUUCUGUAAAUAUGUAAAUGUGUGUUUAUAUGGACCUACAUGAAGUUAUUUAAGGAAUGCAAAAAUCAAACGUAGAUUUUAAUUUAUAAUUUGUGGCAGUGGAGAAUUGUUAUUUAAAAGACAACAGAACUGUUGAAGAUUUCUGUACGAUGCUCAGUAACUCUUUGUAGUAGUGAUGGUAUGUCAGAAUAUAUUCCCUGCACAGCUCCCCUGUGGUCUCCGUGACCACACUCAGACUCAGACAUGUUCAGAUUUGGAACAGGAGAUUUUUGAUCUUCGUAUUUGAAUUCUUCUUCUUCUUCUUCUGAACCCCAGGAUCUCCAGAUCUGUCUGAGACGAUAUUUUCUCACACCAGAUUAAAUACCGUUUGAAACAAG